AGUGUAGUCAGUCAUCCGAGAAAGGGGGAUGAAGAUGAGAAGGCCACCUAAACUGCAGCAGAAGCGAUUACUGGGAAUGCUUGUGUUAGCAGUGUUACUGUCCUGUUCUUGCAUUGCUCUUUUUGGGUUUUACAAACACCACGCUUCCCUUGCAUUAACAUCCCUUGUUGCCCCACAAAGCAUCACCUUCUAUCCAAGCCAAAACCACCACCACCGUCAAAACCCAUCUCUAAAUGCCCCACAACAGGCGGCUACCCUUUUUCCGCCACCGCCACCGCCACCGCAAACAAAUACCGUGGACUCCGUAUUGGAAACAGGGCCAUAUCAUAAUUGGGAACUGUUUUCUGCUGAUUUUCAAGAAAUGAUGCGGCAUCUAAAGAUCUUUGUGUACCCUGAUACCUUCAACAGGAGCAGCCCUUUUGCUAAGAUCUUCCUACCCCAUAAGAACCCACCGAACAAUCCAAAACUGGGUAAUUACUUCAGUGAACACAUGUUCAAGGUGUCCCUGCUUCACAGUCCACUGCUUACUGCAACCCCAGAGAAAGCCCAUUUCUUUUUCCUCCCAUUUUCAAUAAACGACCUUAGAAAUGACCCUCGAGUUUACUCCGAGGCAAAAAUCUCACAAUUUGUUGCCCAAUACACGAGUAGCAUUAGCAGCAGCUUCAGGUUUUGGAAUGCUUCAGGAGGUGCUGAUCAUUUCUAUGUUUGUUGCCAUUCUGUUGGGAGAGAGGCUCCCUCCAGGCAUCAUGGUUUGCGUAACAAUGCCAUUCAGCUUACUUGUUGUUCUAGUUACUUUCAAAGAUUCUAUCUUUCCCACAAAGAUGUGGGGCUCCCUCAAGUUUGGCCUCGCUCGGAUCAGACUGCCUUGAAUCCCCCACAUACCAGUGUUUGCUAUCUUGAUGUGAACAUCUACCGUUGCAGGCAUAGACUUGUCUACUUUGCUGGACGCGUCCAAAAUUCUCAAGUCCGGCAGCAGCUGAUAAAUUUGUGGGGAAAUGAUACUCAAUUUGACAUAUUUAAUGGGAGUCCCACAUUCCCUUAUGAAGAAGGGUUCAAGAGGAGUAAAUUCUGCCUCCACGUUAAAGGUUAUGAGGUGAACACCGCAAGGGUUAGUGAUGCCAUACACUACGGGUGCAUUCCAGUUAUAAUUUCUAAUUAUUACGACCUUCCAUUUGCUAAUGUCUUGGAUUGGAGCAAGUUUUCCGUUGUCAUCAAUCAACGAGAUAUUGCUUUCUUGAAAACAAAAUUGUUGUCUAUAAAAAGAGAGAUGUACCUGAGAAUGUAUCAUAAUCUCUGCGAAGUUAGGAGGCACUUUGUUUGGCAUACAACGCCAAGGGGCUAUCAUUCCUUUUACAUGACUGCUUAUCAGCUAUGGUUAAGGAGAAGCACUCUACGUUUAUCAUAUUAAUUUCUGCAUCUUCUUACAAUAUCCUACUCUGAAGCCUUUUCUUGUCUUAAAAAUUUGGCCUUGUGAGGUAGUGAAGGUUUGUUUUCAGCU